AUGCCGUAUUCGCUACCUGAUGCAGCGACUCCAUUUCACCUCAACUUCCCAGAUGAGGAAUACUCGCAGCUCCAGAAGCUUCUUCGCCUAUCUCGCAUAGGCCCAUUGACCUGGGAGAACCAACACACAGCUGGGCGUUAUGGCGUUUCGCACCAAUGGCUUACCUCAAUCAAAGACUAUUGGUUGACGAAGUUCGAUUGGCGUGCACAAGAACGAUACAUUAAUUCAUUCCCCAACUACAUGAUUAGGGUUGAGGAUCACAAAGGCGCGGUUGAUCUCCACUUUGUUGCGCUACUCUCCGCGAAGAAGAACGCAAUCCCGCUGGUCCUCUUGCAUGGCUGGCCAGGGAGCUUUCUCGAAUUCUUACCAACGCUUGAGUUUUUUCGAGAAAAGUACGACGCAGAUGCUCUUCCAUUUCACAUCAUUGUGCCUUCUUUGCCAGGCUACACCCUCAGCUCCGGCCCGCCUCAAGAUAACGCCUGGGUAGCUGAAGAUGCUGCGCGAAUCAUCAACACCGGAUUGAGUAUGCUGAACUUUGACCAGUAUGUUGUGCAAGGUGGAGACGUUGGGUGCCUCAUUGCUGGUAUUCUUGCAUCGCAGUAUUCCUCUGUGAUCGGAAUUCACUUGAAUCUUCUUCCUUCCCUUGAUCAAGUUGAACCAACCGAUCCUGAUCUGACCGUUUGGGAGAAGGAAGCCGUUGAGUCUAGCAGAAAACGUUUUGCAACACCCACAAUGGGUGCUGCCAUCAUGAACAGCACACGUCCAGCCACACUAGGAGCGGUCUUGUCAUCAAGCCCUUUGGCAUAUUUGGCUUGGAUCGGAGAGAAACAUCUCGAGUGGCCUGAGCAUCAUCUGGACGCAGACCACAUCUUGACAACUGUUACACUCUAUUGGCUUACCGACACCCUUCCGCGUUGUGUUUACACGUAUCGUGACACAUUUCUGUGCGGAUAUGUUCAUGACAUUCCGUUUUACGACAAACCUUUUGGGUAUUCCUGGUUCAAGUACGAGCCGACUCCUGGCCCCAGGAAGGUGGUCGAGAAGAAGGGCCAGCUUGUCUUUUACCGGCAACAUGAAAGCGGAGGACAUUUCGCAGCGAUGGAGCGGCCCAAAGAGUUUGCGGUAGAUAUGGAGGAUUUCAUGCAAAUUGUAUUGAAAAAGGUCGGGUUGUAA